AUGGCUCGCCAACUCAUCAGCUCCGGGUCAUCCUUUGAGGAAGAAAUCGGCUAUUCUCGGGCUGUCGUGACGGGGGAGUGGGUAUUUGUCUCGGGAUGCACAGGCUACGACUACAAGACUGGCGACAUUUCGCCUGAUGUCGCAGAGCAGACGGAGCAGGUCUUCAAGAACAUCCAGGCAGCCCUGGCCGAAGCCGGCGCGAAGGUGGAGGAGAUCGUGAGAGUCCGGUAUAUGCUCCCGGUCCGCGAGGACUUCCCAAAGUGUUGGUCGGUGCUCCGUAAAUGGCUCGGCACCACCAGACCGGCUGCUACGAUGGUCGUCACUGGGCUGCUGGACGAGGCGAUGAAGAUCGAGAUCGAGGUCACGGCUAAGAAGGGCUCUGGGCUUGUUAAGGAGGAGGAUGGUCCAGCACCUUUGUAG